CUCUCCCCCCCCUCUCUCUCCCCUCUCUCCCUCCUCAUUCACAAAAUUCACCAAUCACCUGUCACCAUUGCCUUGUCUCCCCGUCAAUGCCCCACUCCAUGUCAGAUCCCUCCUCUAUCUGUCAUGGCCCCUGCUUUGACGAAAAACGUUUAUAUAAGCUGCACACCGGUAGUCAGCAUUUACAUGUACUUUGUCAAUGCAUGAUGUAAAUGGUGUUUCAAUAAUUAUAAUUUCUCCCUGCCUCUACUUUUCGCUGAGCACAAGUAUUACAAGCUUACAAUAGUUCCCGUGUAGCUGACCAGUACGACAAAAGCCUACUGGCGGUCAGUUACUCUGGACAUCAGAUCUGUGCUGACAUCGUGGCCGGUGUGACGUCACAGCACCCAGACAGAAGCCAGGUCAAGGUCAUCGAUGUCUGUGCCGGCACAGGCGUGAUAGGCAAGGCCCUGCAUCAGCGCGGCUUCCGGGACCUCACCGCACACGAUGGUGCGCAGGCUAUGGUGGACUUUUGCCAAUCCACAGGCGCAUACAACCAGUUCCUCUGUUGUGCUCUCAACGAUUUGGGCAGUCUGCCUUUUGCUGAUAGUGAGUUUGUUUCUCUCUUAUUCUCUGUUCCUAAACCGCGCACUCUUUCUGUCUCUUCUGCUGAGAGUUAA